AAGCAAACUCUUCUUUUCUUACAUCAUGUCAAACUACAAUCUCUCACUUUUUUCCCCUAUUUGUCUUUGAAAAUAUUAGUUACAGAAUGAUCGCCGGCCACUGCGAGAUGUUGUAUCAUCGUUCUCCGAUCCAAAUACUAACGAAGAUCAACGUGCGUUGGACCUCGGUGUCAUAAACCAGCUGAUUGAAAACAACAGCGCAUUCUUAUCACGAAUCUGCAUGAGGAAUGAAUUAAUGUCUUUGGGCGUACUCAAAGGAAUCACUCUGGUAUCAGGAACAAAGCAUGCAAUGCUGAAUAGAGAGAUUCGACGACUUGUUGAGUGCGAGAACAGGGAUCUCAUUAUACAAGAACCACCAAAGGAAACAUUGGAUCGCCGAUGUGCUAUAGAUCUGUUGUUUGAUUGGUUUGACAACUCAGAGAAUGUCAACGAGCAGCUUAAAAAGUACCAACUUCUGCAUCUCUUGGCUGAGAACCCUAACAUAUCAUCUACAAAAUGGGAUCAUUUGAUGGUUACGAUCUCUAAAAUUCUUGAAGUUGAAGGUGUGGUCAUGAGACGAGGAAGGUCGGACGUCAAAAAGGGUAAGCUGGCUGCAGAAGCAUUAAAGCAUUCUUUUAUGUGA